AUGUCAAGUAUGAGUAAAGAAGACACCGAAUUCAAUGACAUUGCUGAGGGUGAAAUUGAGUCCAACUGGGAAGAAAUUGUCGAUAAUUUCGAUAAUAUGAGUCUCAAAUCCGAAUUGCUUCGUGGUAUUUAUGCAUAUGGUUUUGAAAAACCUUCUGCCAUUCAACAACGAGCGAUUCUGCCUGUAAUUAAAGGGCAUGAUGUUAUUGCUCAAGCACAAUCAGGAACAGGAAAAACUGCCACUUUUUCUAUUUCAAUUCUUCAAAAGCUUGACAUGUCCAUUAAUCAAUGUCAAGCUCUUGUUCUCGCUCCAACUCGCGAGUUAGCUCAACAAAUUCAAAAGGUUGUUAUUGCUCUUGGUGACUUUAUGAAUGUUGAGUGUAAUGCUUCAAUUGGUGGCACCAACGUACGUGAGGGUAUUAAGAAACUUGAAGCGGGUGCACAUGUGGUAGUGGGUACUCCUGGUCGUGUAUUUGAUAUGAUUAAUCGUCGUGCCCUGAAGACCGAUCAUAUUAAAAUGUUUGUUCUCGACGAAGCCGACGAAAUGUUAUCUCGCGGUUUUAAGGAACAAAUCUAUGACGUCUUCCAACUCCUCCCCCCUAGUACUCAAGUAGUCCUUUUGUCCGCUACGAUGCCUUCUGACGUUUUAGAAGUAACUACAAAAUUUAUGCGUGAGCCAGUCAGAAUUUUGGUCAAGCGUGACGAAUUAACUUUGGAAGGUAUUAAGCAAUUCUAUAUCGCAGUUGAAAAAGAAGAUUGGAAACUCGAUACCCUUUGCGAUCUUUAUGAAACGGUUACCAUUACUCAAGCAGUCAUUUUCUGUAAUACAAGAAGAAAGGUUGAUUGGUUAACUGAUAAAUUGCAUGCUCGAGAAUUUACAGUAUCUGCGAUGCAUGGUGAUAUGGAUCAAGCACAACGUGAUGUGAUUAUGAAGGAGUUCCGAUCGGGUUCUUCUCGUGUACUUAUUACCACUGACCUUUUGGCCCGUGGUAUCGAUGUCCAACAAGUUAUUAAUUACGAUCUUCCUACUAACCGAGAAAAUUACAUUCACCGUAUCGGCAGAGGUGGUAGAUUUGGUAGGAAAGGUGUUGCGAUCAACUUCGUUACAAGCGAUGAUGUUAGAAUGCUUCGCGACAUAGAACAAUUUUACAAUACACAAAUUGAUGAAAUGCCCAUGAAUGUGGCAGAUUUGAUUUAA